AGUCUAAUCCUGAGGCUAAAGAUGGAAGCCGGAAUUCUCAAUAAUAAUCAUAAAGAUUUUCUAUAGUCUUCAAGUUUUUUACUUUUCACAUCUGAAAAAUGAUGAAUAAAUUUAAUUAAAAUAAUCACAAAUUUAACGAACAAAUUAACCGUAAAACCAUAUAAAAUAUUAAUGAUCAACAAUACAAUUGUGCCGAUGAUAACAGCAGUAGUGAAAUAGUGAAAUCUAAGUCAUAAUUUAGUUAAUCUCGUGUGUGUGAUAGACAAAGAAAAAUGUGGUUAGAACAAUGUGAUAGUUUUGCUGAACUGUGUCGUAGUUAUUUGCCAUAUUAUUUAUUAAUUAUUUUGCCAAUAUUUAUCGUUGUUUCGCCUGUUAACCCCGUCACCGCUUCACACGAGUUACCAGUUUAUCGUAUGCAUCAGUAUGAUUUACAUGGCAUUGCUCAUGGUUGCAGAAGUGCUUCAAUUUUACUAGAAGCAAGAGCAUUAAGUAAUUGGCGUACGUCAAGACAUUGCAUUAUUACACGUCUCACGGAUCUCACUUCUGAUUUGUUCUACUCAAUUAAGGGCAAGGCUGGUGCUCUAAUUGUCAUGUUGCCAAAAAAUAUGCAUAAUUUAACUGCUGAUGAAGAAGAUCAAAUUAUCUCUACAGAAAUAUCGAUGAUGACAAGUGGUGAAAUCUCCAUUCCAGUCUAUUUUUCUACCUGGGAUCAAAACCUCGAAGCAAUAAUCAAUGACUUGGAAGUCGGAUUCUCUGGAGAUGACAAAGGCGAAAAGACUUCUGGAGCUGCCGAGCUGCAGUCUGUGAUUAGCGCUAUUUCAGCGAGUGGUUACCAAGUGAUUGUAGGAACAGGGCAGCCUAACCCAAGGAGUGAUGCCAAAGUAGCAACGUUGUAUGGGAAAUUAGUUGGAUAUGGCGCAGAGGAAAAAUUACCAACCAUUGCAUUGGUUGCUCAUUACGACAGCAGCAGUGUAGCAACAGAGUUAUCUUCUGGCGCAGAAAGCAACGCCUCAGGCGUAUCGAUGCUUUUAGAACUCGCCCGGAUUUUUUCUGCUCUGUAUUCCAUGCCUAAGUCUCGUCCUCAGUACAAUAUCAUAUUCGUACUCAGUGGUGGUGGCAAGUUGAAUUACUUUGGCAGUAAAAAAUGGCUCGAGGAUCAAUUUGAUGGAACAGAAAGUUCAAUGAUUCAGUAUGCUUCUUACGUUAUCUGUUUGGAAGCCGUAUCAGCGUCUGAUAACCUACAUCUUCACGUAUCGAAGCCACCAAAGGAGAACUCUUUUGGUUAUCAGCUUUACAGAGAACUUUUCUCAGUGGCAGAAUCAAUGAAUAGUGGUGUUAAAGUAGAAGGUAUUCAUAAGAAAAUAAAUUUAGCGGAAGAACUUUUGGCUUGGGAACAUGAACGAUAUAGCAUUAGAAGGCUGCCAGCAACAACAUUAUCGAGCUUAAAGAGUCAUGAAGAUGCUCGGAGGAAUUCUCUUCUUGAUCUUAUGGAUAAUAAUCAGAUUAACAGGCUCCAUUUACAUACACAAAUCGUUGCUGAAGCUUUAGCAAGACGUUUAUACAACGUCAAUUCAACUGAAAUACUCUCAUCUACGAUUGAAAUAUCAAAAACAUCUUUAGAAAUGUGGAUGAAAUACUUAACGUCUCAACCAAGAGCCGUCCCUCUUUUAGCUGAUAAACAAAAUCCUUUAAUUAGUUCCCUUCAGGAAGCCAUGACGCGUUAUUUAUCUGAUGUCAAGGUUUCUUAUUAUGCUGCUGAUAAACGUGAUCCCGAAUUUGUUUUUUACGAUAUUACAAAAAUUGUUAUGAAUGUUUAUAGUGUUAAACCCGCUAUUUUUGACUUGUUUCUUACAGUUGCUAUUAUUUUGUACUUAGCCGCGGUUUAUUUUGCAGUUCUAAAAUUCCCUAGUGUUUAUUCCCUUCUGACCCGGAUGACAGUAAAGAACAAAGCGGCAUAAUUUUAUUUUUAUUUAGUGAUGUAUCAGUUUGAAAGGAGGCACAAAACUGCCAAAGGUCUGAUUUUUUGAAAUUAGAAUCAUUUUUUUUUUUCUACGAAUUUUUUAUCAAAUUUAAUCAGCUUCCAUUUGAGUAAAAUAUAUUUAAAAUUGCCAAUAUCGUGUUUAGUUUAAUAUAGUGAUCAAUUAUUUUCAUUGAACUAUCAUUUUUGAAUAUCGGAAAAGUGAUUAAAUAAUGAAAGUGAAAUUAAUAAACAAAUAAAAUGAAUGAUUUAGUGGUGAAUAAUUGCAUGAGUAAAAACUAUCGAUGAAUUUGAAGGACUGAUUUGUAAAAUGGCUUCCGUAUUUUCGAAAUUAUUCCUGAAAGGAUCAAUAUCAUUCGGUUAGUAAUAAAAAAAAAAAAAAAUAAACAAAUCUAUA